CAAGUGAGGAGGGCCCUCUUGUUCCCUCUCUCUCUUUUUAAAGGACCUCGUGAAAUAAAAGUGCAGAAAACAAACCCGAGGCGAUCACAACUGCAGCCGCGGCGGCGGCAGCACAGCAACAGGAGGAGGAAAAGUUGGAGUUGGGGCCGGCGCUCCGGAGAGGCUGGGCUGCGCGCAGCUCUCAUUCAUUAAGUCACCUAGCUGCGGAGGAAGGUGGUGGAGCGCCCGCGCUGCCCACUAGCUCGCUCGAGCUCACAGACUCGCGCCAACCCAGCGCCUCUCGAGCAGCGCAGCUCUGCAAAAGUUUCUGCUCGGGAUUUGGCUUUCUUCCCCUUGGACUUUCGAACGAUUUGGGGUUGAGAAAGGAAAGAAAACGGAGGCACUCAAGGGGAGCAGAAAACACCACCAUCUGCGUUGAGAGCAGGCAGCGAAGUCGCACUCUCGCCUCCGAGCCCCAAACCCGGGCCGACCCCCCGACCCUCCCGAGCAGCCUCGGCCAAGAAGCGACCCCAGCGUCUGGGUGUGUGGCUGCUGUUGCGGGGCGUCUUCGCGGGGCGGGAGGCUCGCGCCGCAGCCAGCGCCAUGCAAAACUACAAGUACGACAAGGCGAUCGUCCCGGAGAGCAAGAACGGCGGCAGCCCUUCGCUCAACAACAACCCGAGGAAGGGCGGCAGCAAGCGGGCGCUGCUCAUCUGCCUCGACCUCUUUUGCCUCUUUAUGGCGGGCCUGCCCUUCCUGAUCAUUGAGACCAGCACCAUCAAGCCUUACCACCGAGGGUUUUACUGCAAUGAUGACAGCAUCAAGUACCCUGUGAAGACUGGUGAGACAAUAAAUGACGCUGUGCUCUGCGCCGUGGGGAUCGUCAUCGCCAUCCUUGCAAUCAUCACAGGGGAGUUCUACCGGAUCUAUUACCUGAAGGAGAAGUCCCGGUCAACGAUUCAGAAUCCCUAUGUGGCAGCCCUCUACAAGCAAGUGGGCUGCUUCCUCUUUGGCUGUGCCAUUAGCCAGUCCUUCACAGACAUUGCUAAAGUCUCCAUAGGACGCCUGCGUCCUCAUUUCUUGAGUGUCUGCAGCCCAGAUUUCAGCCUGAUCAACUGCUCUGAGGGCUAUGUUCAAAAUUACAAAUGCAGAGGCGAUGACAGCAAAGUCCAGGAAGCCAGGAAGUCCUUCUUCUCUGGCCACGCCUCCUUCUCCAUGUAUACGAUGCUGUAUUUGGUGCUGUACCUCCAGGCCCGCUUUACUUGGCGAGGUGCUCGUCUGCUCCGGCCACUCCUGCAGUUCACCCUGCUCAUGAUGGCCUUUUACACCGGAUUGUCCCGCGUAUCUGACCACAAGCACCACCCCAGUGACGUCCUGGCAGGAUUUGCGCAAGGAGCCCUGGUCGCCUGCUGCAUAGUUUUCUUCGUGUCCGACCUCUUCAAGACCAAGACAGCACUCUCCCUGCCGCCUCCUAUCAGGAAGGAAAUUCUCUCACCUGUGGACAUUAUCGACAGGAACAAUCACCACAACAUGGUGUAGGCGCUGCCCACCUCCUGAGCUGUUUUUGUAAAAUGACUGCUGACAGCAAGGUCUUGCUGCUCUCCAAUCUCAUCAGACAGUAGAAUGUAGGGAAAAACUUUUUUACCCAACUGAUUUUUAAAAGGAAAAAAUUGUCUUACUUUGUGGCCUUCCAAAAUAGGUAGUGUUCACCUAUGUGGAAACAACAGCAAACUAACACCAAGUGCCGGAACCCUGGAUGUGCAAUUGGUCUAAGUGUUCAUGUUCUAAUGAACACGGGCUUGUUCUAGAACAAACACUAAAAGGUUUAGAGUAGAGUCUGCCAGUCACCUUUGUGACCUGAGGCAUCCCAGGCCUGUGAGAAAAGCUCAAAUUAACAUUGUAGCACAUGAUGUCAGAAAUAGCACUGAAGCAAGAAAAUAGCCAUUGGAGACUCCCCUCUAAUGUCUCUGUCCACACCACUCUGUCUUCUACUGUGACUUUGGUUCAGGAAGGUUGGUUUUUUGGGGUUUUUUGUUUUUUGGUUUUAUUUGUAUAAAGAAAGAGCAAAUGCUCAGUCAAAUGAUUAGAUCCUGAAUCCAGAUUCUUAGACCUAAAGCCUGUCACUCACUUCUUGGCCCAUAGGCCAGCACCACAGUCCCUCACAUUAGUGAUUAGGAGACUCUUUGUGGAUGAGUGAAUUUCACAAAUAGCACAAUUUCAGGAGAAAUUGAGGGUAUAGGCCCUCAUUUGUCUUCUUCUGACAGACCAUCCUGUGAUGUUGAGGCAUCGGUUGCAGGAUGCUGAUGUUGUACAUCAAUCACCUGGGCACUUGCACACUCUUAGUCAUGGUUAGCUUUGGUUACUGCUUUUUCCCUUGAAAUCCUUGCUCUGUGCCCGCCGGGAUUUCCUGUGAGGGCCCAGAGACGAGCCAAGGGGUGGCCUGCCACUGGUUGAUGGAAAGCAGCCUUCCGCAACAGAGAGAGAUGGGGGAGUGAAGGGGCAAGAAUGAAAAAUGAACUAACCCUUUGGCUACUCAAAGUCAGAAUGAGCCAGAGUAGCAGAUGGUCUCAUGCCUGAGAGGCUGCCCUUCCAGAUAACGGAGCUGACGAGGUCUCUGUGGGAGUCGCUCUUGCUAAGCUGUGUAAAGCACUAUUGUCUUGGGGUUGAUCUCUAGGGCAGUUCUUGGUAGGUUCUGCUGGGCAGAACAUGUGGGCUAAAUCUCCGUAGAGAGUUUUCAUCCUCUAUCUGUAAGUGUCCUCACAUGUAAGGCCCACUCUAGGCAGUAGACGGGACCCCUUCUACUGAAUCUUUGGGAAAAGGAGGAAGGAAGAAAUGCUUUCAGAUCUUGGAUGCAGACCUUUCGAAGGGUUAAAUGUAACUACACGGAUCAACCACAAGCACAUCUUUACCACAGAAGCCGUCCUGUCAUUUCAACUUAUAGCAAGCUAUGAUUUUUAUAUAUAAAUAUUAUAUAAAUAAUGUAUAAAACAUUAAAAGUUAACUAUGUAAAAUAUUAUUUCUGAAACAAUUUUAGCUAUAUCCACUAUGAUUAUAAACUGUGUCUCGACCUGUGUUACUUCAUUAGCUGCUUAAAAAAGCAUUGAGUUAAUUUUUUUAAUAUCAACUAAAAUAAUGUAGUUCUGUGGUAGACAUUGUUUUAUAAUAAAAGAAAUAACUGCAACUAGAGAAAACUGUAUAAAAACAUUGUCAGUAUUUUUGUAAGGUUUCAUUUUGUAAAGAGGAUAAUAUUCAAAGACUUUUGUAGAAUACAAAGUGAAAACUUGUAUCUGCGAAACUAUACUUGUAUUAAAUGUGCUUUUUAAAUAAAAGCUCGUAACAUGACUAAUAAAGGAAGUUGGAAGCCUG